GGAUAUAGACCUGCAGCUAACUGGAUUUGAUUUAUAAAAGGGAGAUCUGCAGUCGAUGCCCACUCUUGUCACACUGCUGUUAUGGAAAACAGAAUGGUCCAUGGGAUAUGGUUUGAUAAAUAGUGAUGAUUGAAGAUGCUGCUUCAAUACAUGUGAAAUCAAUGGGAGAUACUUGCUACAUGAAGCUCUUUCGCAGCUUUUCUCAACAAGUUUCCCUCUAAGAAAUUGGAGGCAUAUUCUACCAUUUUAAGGUCUUUUUCAAGUGGAUAUAAAUACAUUUGCCUCACGGUAACCAGACAACGAGACAACUAAUGUGGGACCAUGGCACUGCCCAGAUGCAUGUGGCCAAACUAUGUCUGGAGAGCAGUGAUGGCAUGCUUGGUACACAGGGGAUUGGGUGCCUCGUUGACUAUCUGGGUGUUGGGAUGUCUGCUUCAGGCUGGCCAUGUGCAAUCACAAAAAUUGGAUGACGUGGACCCACUGGUGACGACCAACUUUGGCAAGCUAAGAGGGGUUAAGAAGGAACUCAAUAAUGAAAUUUUGGGGCCUGUUAUUCAGUUUCUUGGGGUUCCAUAUGCGGCCCCACCAACAGGGGAGCAUCGAUUUCAGCCUCCGGAACCACCGUCUCCCUGGUCAGAUAUCAGGAAUGCCACUCAGUUUGCUCCUGUGUGUCCUCAGAAUAUCAUCGAUGGCAGGUUGCCAGAAGUCAUGCUUCCUGUGUGGUUUACUAAUAACCUGGAUGUGGUUUCCUCAUAUGUACAAGACCAGAGUGAAGACUGCCUAUAUUUAAACAUAUAUGUUCCAACUGAGGAUGUAAAAAGAAUAUCCAAGGAAUGUGCCAGAAAGCCCGGCAAGAAAAUAUGUAGAAAAGGAGGUCCCCUUACAAAGAAACAGACUGAUGAUUUAGGUGAUAAUGACGGUGCUGAAGAUGAAGAUAUUCGGGACAGUGGGGGUCCCAAACCAGUGAUGGUGUAUAUCCAUGGUGGCUCAUAUAUGGAAGGUACUGGAAAUUUAUAUGAUGGGAGUGUCUUGGCAAGCUAUGGCAAUGUGAUCGUCAUCACAGUCAACUAUCGACUUGGGGUACUUG